AUGGAUCCCCUUCGCUACCGCAAAGCAUACGAGGCGAUGAUCCAUGUCAGCCGGCUUUUGGAGGACCGUCUGAACCAAGAACCAUCGUCGGAAUCGAAAGAGAAAGGAGAGGCCGAUACAGUAGAAAAUGGGGUAUCGUUCGAGGUUGAGGAUCCGGAUAGCAUGGAAUGGACACCUACCGUCACUGGAACAGCGACUCCCCCAGCAGGCUGUGGACCACCACCAUCGACUGCCAAGAAUAUGCGCCAUCUGUUGCCCGACGCCGGAGAAGGGGAGUACCAGAUUGAGGAAAGAGGAGACAACACCGUGCUGCUCCAUAAGCUUCAAGAGGGUAUCGUUAUGGAUGAAUGCAUUGACAGGCUCGUGCGCGACUUGCCCGAUGUCUUGAGCUAUGAGAAUGCAGCCGCGUUCACGCCCUCCACGAUUGAGGUGCCCAAGGACUUCGGCCUCCAGCUCAGUAUAUCCAUCAACCAUCAUCUAGCUCAGGUUGCAGAUCGAAAGGUUCUCGAGAAGUACAGACGUCUACUUGGCCAUCGGAAGGACCCUUCGAAGCGAAAGUCUGUCAAGCUUGGUUUCGAUGCUGUCGAGCUGAUCCAGAAUCAAGCUAUCAAGUUCCCGGAAAACUCGUCAAUUACAAAGUCCACACUCGAUAACGAGAUACACCCCAUUUUCCGCCCGGAAAACUUCCACGGCUGCUCCGACGCAAUCUACGAGGUAUUAAAGCCAGCCAUUCGGUUAGCUACCCUGCUUCUUUUCUCCCGAGGAACCUUUACUUUUUGGCACACGCUUGUGUUCGGCGACCGGAAGCCGUGCAAGAAGACAUCGGACCUAUACGGUCAGCCCUGCGCUCGUAUCACGGAGGAUGUAGCAUGGUCCGAUGAACACGCUGCGACGUUCAAGGACUUCAUAGACAAACAGGUGGAUACCGUCCACUUCAUGUUUCAUCGCGAACCGUUGCCUCCUGAUCCUGCGUAUGCUUCAAUGGGUCUGGUCGCUGACUAUAAGAACGGCAUCAUGCGGAAGCUCAACGGGAAGUGUCAUACCAGCAGAAUAUGUUUGCACUCGGACUUCUAUACCACGGCGAAGAAGCUCAGCCUCCUGCAGUAUCCCGAGCCUGCCAUGGUCCUGCGCUUCAACCUUUUUCUCGCCGUAUGCCUUGCGCACGAAAUGGCCCACUUCAUCGAAGUAUCCGGACCUCAUCAUGACCACCCACUUGGGCAGCCUGAAGUCUUCUUCAACGACAACAUGUGGACCGAAUCCGGCAUCGCGUUCGAACUGAAGGUGUUUGGUGGGAGGCUCCACCCCAUUUCCUCGCGCGUCGACUGUGGUCUAGGACUGGCCGUUCUAUCCUACCCGCUACGAGAGGUCUACGACAAGGAAGACAACGUGCUCUACACCCUACCCAUGGACUACAUCACAAAGUUGCAGCAAAAAGAAACGUGGGAAAGGGACUUCAGCGAAGCAAGUGCCGACGUUUUUCACGUACCGCGCACAGGUUGUCGAUCUAUCGAGAUCAACGGCAUCAACCUUAUGAUCUGGGAAGACGAGAAGGAUGUCGAUAUCUCCGAUGAUGUUGAUCAGCUUGACACCAUGUAUAAACGCAAGGAUGACGGGAGUAUCAUCAAGAACCCCAACUCGAGCAACCGCAAACCGCAACGACACGUUGAGGGACGCCGGUGGAGUCCAUAUGGUCACAAGCGCAAGGGAACUACAGACGGUGCCGCUUGUGUAUUGAAAGAGGUAGCGUCGGUUGAUGGCGAAGUUGAAGAUGCCAAAGCGAAUGAGAGCAAUGAGAGCGAGGAGGGGACAGCGGCAGAGGCUAGUAACUCGGAUGACGAUAUGGCAUGA